AAUAGCCAGUGAGGGUAGAGUAGGAAAUAAAAACCAAUAGGUUGGCAUGCAGUUGCUCUACUGAUAAGACAUUUCUGUUUUAUCUCUGAAAAAACAUGCUAUAAAACAGGGGGACACACAAGACCCAAACACAGCUUCUAAUCAUGGCAUGGUCUUGUUCACAUCUUUUGUAAAGCAGAGAAUAAUAAACCCGGUUAUAGACCAGCAGCUCAGGACUAGCAGUCCUUGUUCAGGAGCUCUUGAAGCCGGUUUGGCCACUCCUCAGGCAUUCUCUUUGAGGACAUUAUUUUGAACUGCUAACCUAGAUACAGGCACUACAUAAAAGAGACAUACAAGACGGAUACUUCAAAUCAAAGCAUUAUGGAGCAUAGCUCAAGGCCAGAGGUGAAGUUAAACCUCAUGAAUGGUGCCCUAGUGCAGCCCAGACCUAAACCCCAGCAAAGAGAGCAGUGGGCUAAUAAGUUGGAGUUUCUCUUGGCGGUGGCAGGGCACAUCAUUGGCCUGGGAAAUGUGUGGAGGUUUCCUUAUUUGUGCUACAAGAAUGGCGGGGGGGCAUUUUUUGUGCCGUAUGUGCUGUUUCUCUUCACCUGUGGGAUUCCACUUUUCUUUCUGGAGACCUCGCUGGGUCAGUUCACCAGCCAGGGUGGAAUAACAUGCUGGAGGAAGAUCUGUCCACUGUUCGAAGGUCUCGGUUAUGGCAGCCAAGUCGUUGUCCUCUAUACUGGAGUCUAUUACAUCAUAAUUCUUGCUUGGGCUUUCCUUUACCUUUUUUCAUCCUUCAGUUCAGAGCUGCCAUGGGCGAGCUGCAACAACUACUGGAACACAGAGAACUGCAGAGAGUUCAGCAAAAGCAACAUUACGGAAUAUUCACCAGAGAAAAGCUCAUCUCCUGUUAUUGAGUUUUGGGAGAGAAGAAUUUUGGGCUUGUCUGAGGGUAUAGAACAGAUUGGUAAUGUUAGAUGGGACUUGGCACUCUGCCUCCUGCUGGCCUGGAUCAUCUGCUACUUCUGUGUAUGGAAGGGAGUGAAGUCCACAGGCAAGGUGGUGUACUUCACUGCUACUUUUCCCUAUUUAAUGUUGGUCGUGCUGCUGGUCCGUGGACUUACUCUUCCUGGAGCAAAGAAUGGGAUCAUAUUCUACCUCUACCCUGAUCCAACACGGCUCACAGACCCACAGGUGUGGAUGGAUGCAGGUAGUCAGAUAUUUUACUCCUAUGGAGUUUGUACAGGAGUACUCACUGCUUUGGGAAGCUACAACAAAUAUGACAAUAACUGCUACAGAGACUGUGUUUACUUGUGUCUGCUCAAUAGCUUAACUAGCUUUGUUGCUGGUUUUGCUAUUUUUUCCGUUCUGGGCUUCAUGGCAGAUGAACAGGGAAUGGAUAUUUCAAUGGUUGCAGAGUCAGGUCCUGGUUUGGCGUUCAUUGCUUACCCCCGUGCUGUAGCUUUGAUGCCCUUGCCUCAGUUAUGGGCAAUCUUCUUCUUCAUCAUGAUCAUAUUCCUGGGACUGGAUAGUGAGUUUGUUUAUCAUGAAGCCCUGGUAACAGCUAUCUCAGAUAUGUAUCCCUCCUUCUUCCAAAUUGGGCAUCGGCGUAAAUUUCUUCUCCUCUUCAUAUGUGCUGCCAGCUUCCUUGCUGGUCUGCUAAUGGUAACAGAGGGUGGCCUGUAUGUCUUCCAGCUUUUUGACUAUUACGCCUGUAGUGGAAUGACUCUUCUGACUUUUGCCAUCCUUCAGUCCAUCUGUGUUGGAUGGGUAUAUGGUGCAGACUGUCUCUAUGAUAGCAUUGAGGAUAUGAUUGGAUAUCGGCCCUGGCCCUUCAUGAAGUGCUGCUGGAAAUAUCUAACACCAGCUAUAUGCACAGGAACGUUUAUCUUCUCCUUGGUUAAAUACACCCCUUUGAAGUUCAACAAUGUGUAUGAGUACCCCUGGUGGGGUUACGCGAUUGGUGGCUUCUUCACCCUUUCCUCCACCCUACUAGUUCCACUGUGGAUGAUUUAUUUGGUCGGCACCACUCCAGGGUCUAUGCGACAGAGAGUGAGAGUCUUGUGUACUCCUGCUGAAGACCUGCCAGAUCCUAAAAGUCCAAAACAGAAGCUAAACACUGUUACUUUUGAGACCUUCACAGACCUAUUGACUUUACGAACUGUUCAUACACCCAACUUAUUACCUCACAGAGACAUUGUCUGAUUUGUCCAUCAUUUUAGCCUUGUAUUUAGCCUACUGAUCUGUGACAAGCGUUGUUAACCCAUUGUCAUUGUAAUAAACCAGGACUGUAACCACCAUAGACAGUGAGGGGGGAAAAGUCCACCUCAAUAAUUAGAAAUGGCCACAUUGUCCCCUCCCUACAAUUUGAAAUUCUUGCAUUGCUCUGUUAUACUCCAUUACACAGCAAUCUGUUUGUUGCUCGAAUGACAAAAAGGUAUUUUUCAACUUUAAAAUGUACAAAAGUGUCAAAAGGACUAAGAUGGCCAAUCAGAUUUAAGUAGGAGAUGUUUACUGUUCAUGUUCAAAGAAGCAGAGUCUGAAUUUCAGCAUCAAGUGUCAGUUUUAAUAUUAAAAGAGAGUGAGGUGAGAUUGAAGUAGCAAAACAUUUAAUAUUUGACAACGAUGGUAACAUCAGCAAAACCUGAUUUUACCAAGUACGACAUAUUCCUGGAUCAGCAUCUUUGUUGACCCUGGAACAACAUGGUGAUUAACCAGUCAGAUUUGAAAAAACAGUUUUUGUGAAGUUUAGGCUUACAAUCAGUGUUUAGUGCUUGUACAUCAGUGUCAAUCAUCUAUCAUUUUCUCUGAUUUUAGGGAUUACUCAUGGGUAAGGUUAGGUUUAGGUGUAGGGAUGUGGUGAAGAUUAAAUUUUUGGAUUAAAAUGUUGUUCCAGGGUCAACAAAAUAUGUUGACCCAGGAACACAUCUAACUCAGCAAAAUCAGGACGUGCGUAGCAUCCAGUGAAACAAACUACUCAAAUUUCGCCAGUUUAAAUGGAAAUAUGGUGUCAUUUACAUGAUUGAGACAAGAAACAUUUUGCAUUUUCAACAUAUUAGCCAUAUAAAUAAGAGUGAAUGUGUGCAUUUUUAAAAUGUUAUUUUUUAAUAAUACAAAAUUAUUACUUCCCAACUAGAAUUAAAGGAUUUCCUACACUCUUCUAUUUUUUUCCCUAAAAAAAUAAAAUAAAAAUUGGUCCCUCAUCUUCAAGACAUGGUUGCAGCUUUGUGAUCAUAUGAUGGUUAAAUAUUGAAAUGUGUAUCAAAGCAACAGUUUUUUAAAUUGAUCAUACAGUUACAUGAAAAAGGUCAUACGGAGAAUAAUUUCAUAUGUAUGUGUAUGUCAAAAGAACUGACAGGAAAAAAACUUGUUUGCCUUUUAUAAAUGUAAAGUGUUACCACAAAAAGGGUUUUGUUACGCUUUUCAGUUUUCCCUGUGAGAGUGGAGUAUAUGUGUAUAAAAUGUGAAAAUUACAACUGAGAGUUGUUAGUAUACAAAUGUGCAGAUGUAUAGUAGAACUAUUGUUAUUUCUGUGUUCACGUUUUUUUUACAAGAUUAAAUUUAUUAAACAAUUUUAUUGUUUUUAGUUUUAUGUAAUAAUUUCUUCUGUUAUGUUUUGUUGGGGUUAGACAAAUUACUGACAAGAUUUCGAUACACUUUCCUAGACUAACGUACAAGAUUGCCAUCUGCUGGGUAACUAAUGACAUUACAGCAAUGACACUAAAUGAACUUCUCAAUGAACCUACAUAAACAUUUAAACAUAAUGAUAUAGGCUUAAAAAGAAAAAAAAAACUCAUCAAAAUCAGACUGCAAAUGGGUGGUCAUAAACCUUCACAUGCCCACAGCACUGACUGCAUGGAACUGUUUUUUUUCCCUUCUUCCUUUUGAAGGACUAGACAGUUGUCUUAGCUUGUCCAAAGGUGAAUGAAUGCACCACCUGCUGGAUAUAAGAAGUGUAUUUUUGUCUCCAUGCAAGUUGCAGAGAUUGUUGUAUAGCUCCAUCUACUGGACAGUUAAUAGACCCAGGGCCAUAACCACCAUAAGCACUAAUAUUCAGAUAGGUUGUGUCUGCUAAAAUGUGGCUUAUUUGGCAUAAACCCAUUAUUUGUUGUUAAUUCUCUGGUCGAGUUGAGGAAUUAUUAUUUGCAAAGGGAUUAGGCAAAAAUAUUAUCAGAACUGUCAGUACAAUGUUUGCAGUAGGUCUACGCUACCAAAGGUUUGGGGUCAGUAAGUAACGUUUUUCUUUAUUUUAUUUUAAUUUAUUAAUUGUUAUAACAUAUUUCAAAUAAAUGCUGUUCUUUUUAGCUUUCUGUUUAUUAGACAAUCCUGGAAAAAUCUAUCACGAUUUGCACAAAAAUAUUAAGCAGCACUACUGCUGUUUUUGUUUUAUAGAUGGAAUCUUUCAUUAGCAUAAAAUCUAUUUAGGUAAGACUUUAUGUAGACAUUCUGCUUAUUUUUAAUUUUGUAUUUACAUGUUAACUGCCAUUCAUUAGAUUAUUAGUGGACUGCUAACAUUUUUAUUUCAUGGUUCCCCAACAGACAUUCUGAUGACUAUAAGUAACUUUUUUCACAAGUAGUUGACCUAUGAGUUAGUUGACAUGUAGUUGCAAAGUUACUUGUAGUUAGUCGAAUGUCAGUUUUAAUGUCAAACUGUCAAAUGUCAAAAUCUUACUGACCCCAAACUUUUGAAUAGUAGUGUAUGUACAGAAAUCAAAGGUUUGGAAUUUUUGCUCAGCUAAGGGACCCAAGUGUAGUUUGAUAGAAAGACUGUAAUUGAAAGAGCAAGGAAAUAGUUCAGGGGGCUUGAAUGUCCUUUUGGUCUGAUAUGCAGGCCUUAGUAGGGUAAAUGUGACCACAGCCCCAUAAUGAGAUCAGGGAAAGCUUGUCCAGCUUCUAAGUGAAGGUGACUAAACAAGGUGAUUAUAUGGCCCCAUACCAAUCUGAGAUUAAAGGACUUUUCCUCAAUCCACCGCAAAUUGCUUCCAGCUUUCCUCAUCUGACACACAUGACUUUUUAAAAAAUAAAAAAGUUCAUAUUUAGGAGUUCAUAGUUCUGUGCAAAAUAUAGAUAGACAUUGUGACUCAAAAA